AUGACUGUGUGCACGUACAAUUUUAUAUGGGUACGUCGUCAAGGUAGUCGUCUACAGCACGCCGGCGUUUUAAGUCAAGUGCCCUACCAAUCUGCAAAAGAAGUUGUUUCAAAAAUGCAAGGUGAGAAUGUACCAAGCAAAAAAGGGCCAUCAGUUCAGACUGGUAUUGAUCGCUACAUUAAUGUAAAAAGGAAAUUGAGUCCUAUUAAAACAGCGGUCAAUACCAAAAAAUUUCAAGCAGGCACACCAAACAGUAAAAAGCCAGAAAUUCUUAAUGGCAACAGAUUUGCCUUAUUAAGCAAAGAGCCUAACGACGAAGCAAAGGGUACCACCACGGUCGUGAAUGCCAAACCCCCUCCAAUCUAUUUGCGUGAGCGUAGCUCAAAUGCGCUUGUUUCCAAAUUGAGCAAUAUAAUAGACACAAACAAUUUUCACAUUGUGCCUUUGAAAAAAGGUAACAUAGAUGAAACUAAAAUUCAAACAUACACUGAAAAAAGUUUCAUGGAUAUUGUAAAAUUCCUAUCAGAUAAUAAAAAGAAUUACUACUCUUACCAACUGAAGAGCUCAAAAGGCCUAGUUGUUGUAAUAAAAGGUAUAGAGUCUUCGGUAGACUCUAACGACGUUAAAGAAGCACUAGAAGAAGGUGGUUUUAGCAUUAAA